GCUUUCCUCUCAGGAGCCUAAUAACUGUCGGGUGCGGUCUUUCCGGAAGUGGGGGUAGAGCGUGGCAAGGGCCUUCAGGGUCAGAGCUCAGAGCACCAGGACUGGACCGCGCCCGGUACUUUCCGAGCCGCUCGCUCGCGGAGAGGGCGGGGCGUUGGUAGAGGAGCAGUACCGGGCGGAGGGGAGGGGCGUUCGCGGAGGGGGCGGGGCGGAGGGGCGGGGCGUCAGGUAGAGGGCCUAGCUACCCUGGAAUCAUCUUCAGCUCCGCUGUACUGCUGUUGAGGAAGAUGUGAGCUACGGGUCCGGCCUCCCACGACGAUGCUCGCUGUCGUAGGCGCUGCGGCCCUGGUGCUGGUGGCAGGGGCGCCUUGGAUGCUGCCCGUAGCCUCAGGUGAAGACAAUGUAAGGCCUCCUGAGGAUGUAGCCAUCUACAUUAUAGACGACAACUAUACCCUAAAGUGGAACCACCACAGAGAGUCAAUGGGCAACGUGACUUUUUCAGCAGAAUAUCAAAUAGAAGAAGGAAGGAUCUGGUUAAAAGUGCCCAAAUGUCAACAUAUUACAAGGACCAAAUGUAAAUUCUCUUUACUGGACAUAAAUGUUUACAGCAAGACACGGUUUCGUGUAAGAGCAGAAGAAGGGAAUAGCACUUCUUCAUGGAAUGAGGCUGAUUCAUUUAUUCCAUUCUACAAAGCUCACAUCAGCCCCCCAGGAGUACGUUUAAAAGCUGAAGAUGAAGCCAUACUAGUCUACAUCUCUCCUCCCGGAGAAGACGGAACCAUGUGGGCAAUGGAGAAACGCUUCUUCAAUUACACGAUACGGAUCUGGGGGAGGUCUUUUCCUGUCAGAGAAAUUAAACCUACGUAUUUUCCAAAAAGGAUAUCAAAGCUCUUGCCAGAGACUACCUACUGUUUAGAAGUCAGAGCAGUGCACACAUCGCUUUGGAGACACAGCAACUACAGCACAGCGCAGUGUAUAAACACCACAGUGGCAAAUAAAAUACCUGUGCCAGAAAAUCUAGAAGUGGAUGCCCAAGGUGACAGCUAUGUUCUGAAAUGGGACCAUGCAUUUGCAAACAUGACCUUCAAAGCACAGUGGAUCCCUGGCUAUUCAAAAAGUAGACCUGGAAACCAUUCAGACGAAUGGAAACCAGUACCUACCUGUGCAAAUGUGCAGACUACACACUGUGUAUCUCCUCGAGAGACUUUCCACACAGGAACUUUCUUUCUCCGUGUACAAGCCUCAGAUGGAAAUAACACGUCCUUUUGGUCUGAAGAGAAAUUUAUUGAAUCUCAAAAAUACACUCUCCUUCUUCCUCCGGUCAUUGCUGUCACCCCCAAGAGGGACUCCUUGCUAGUUUAUGUCAGCUGUAAGGACAGCGAAUGUAAUGGACUCAUUUAUGAAGUCAUCUUUUGGGAAAACACUUCCAAUACUGAGAAAAGACAACACCCACAAAGCAUGAUUAAAGAACACCCAAAGUUCAACAUUGUGAACCUGCGGCCGCUGACUGUGUACUGUGUCCAGGCUAGAGUGCUCUCCACUGGCGUGUGGAAUAAGACCAGUAAAUUCAGUGAUAAGCUGUGUAAGAAAACACUUCCAGGAAACUCUUCCGUGACCUGGAUUAUAACUGGAUUUGGUGCUCUGCUCUUCUCUGCCAUGGCCCUUUAUGCUGGGAGGAGCCUCCAAAAAUACCUGUAUUACGUGUUCUUCCCACCACUCAAGCCUCCCCGCAGUAUCGACGAGUUUUUCUCAGAGCUGCCUUCCAAAAGCCUUCUGCUUCUGACUGCUGAAGAGCACACCGAGAGGUGCUUCGUCAUUGAGAACACAGACGUGGUUGGUGGAGAGGAGAAUCGAGCACCUGAGGAGGAACUCAGGAAGUACAGUUCCCAGAGCAGCCAGGACUCAGGGAACUACUCCAACGAAGAGGAGGAGAGUGUGGGGCCUGAGAGUGGCCAGGAUGUGCUCUCCACGGCUCCCAGUGGGUCUCCAUGGAGCCUGCCCUGCCCUGCUGGCACCUUGGAAGAUGGUGCCUGCUUCCCGGGAAAAGAAAAGCACCUUCAGAGCCCAGUCCUGAGGACACAGCCAGCUCUCCACGGCUGACACGGGCUCGCCGUAGUCUGGAGUACAUGUGGAUGAGACAGGCUUAACUGAAGGUGACUGCCCGUCUCUCUCUGCUGGUAGCCUAAACCCCAGGGCGCCGUUUGGAGCCACAGAUGAGGCUCACUGCUGCAAGGGUGCCUGGUGGUUCUGUCUUCCUGUUCUUACCCUAGCAGACAGCAAUUUAGAACAUCCUCUUUUUAAUCCUGCUGUAACCUCUCAGUGUUGCAAAGGUGCUGUUGUCUACAGUAGUGCUUCCCAGCCAUAACUCCGCACAGCAGUGGCUUCCGACCAGAUGUCACUGAACCGUGGGGAAAGGGGACUUGGACUAGAGGAGCCAGCAUUGCUCUAAGGUCUCAGCAUGGCCUGGGUAUGCACGUUGCACUCUAGUACUUGGGGAAGUAGAAAAUGGCAGGGACAAAACGCAGACGUGAAGUCAUUCAGUAAGAGAGAAGCUAGUGAGUCUGAUGAAAGAAGACCAUGUACAGUCAGUGUUUGUAUGAACGUCUCUGUAUCUUUCCCGUGAUUCUUUAUAAAGCCAGACGGACCCUCUCUCCUCC